UCGUGAGGCUCAACGUUGACAUCGAUUACAUCUACCUGUCCACAGCUUCUGCAUGACGGAGACGUUACGCCGUGGCUGGUGCUGGACAUAGUCCCUUGUCCACAUGUGAGUGAGCUGCGUUGAACGGAAUCCAUCCAAUUUUUGCCCCUGGUUGGCUUUGGAUACCCGCCACACCACACGGUCACUUUGGACGACUUACGGUACUCGCCUCCAACAAGUAAAGAUGGAAACUCCCGAGGAUGAGUUGGACCCGCUUUGGAAUGAUCUCGAUUGGUACGUCGCUUUACAUAUAAUCAAAUCGCGUGAUUUGUUGUGUUGUCUUCCGGGAUGGUGCCGAAGCAUCAAGAUCGUCAAUGCUAUGAGUGACUGUAUUGGUGUAUUGACUCUUGGCCAUAUGGAAUGAUGUAUAGUGAAAUGUCUCCGAUGUUGAGCUGCAGUGUUUCAAUGGCUUCGUUUCUUAUUGCAUACUAUUGGAGGCACAUCUCCAAGCGAGCUUUUCUAACUGGAUACUAGGGCGAUAGGGCAAAUGUUCUACAUGGGAUUCGAUGGAACUGAAGUAACACCACAGAUACGCAUUUUAAUAGAAGACCAUCAUUUAGGAUCCAUUCUUUUGACGACCAAAAACUUGAAAUGUAAGCCAAUCAGUUCUCCAAGUCCACUAAACACCUUGUCUGGUGCUAAAUAAACGAUCCCCAACGCAUAAGCUUGCAGCAUGUAAGAGGUUUUUCAAGUCAUCAUUUGUUGACUGAGGCAAAAUUUCCUACGCACGUUCCCGUGCUUAUGCAAAUCGUUACUCGCUUUCUCUUUUCAAACUGUCGUAUCAAUGCAGUACGCCGUAUUAUGUCCUAACUAUACAAUUUAUAGCUGCCCAGCAAACUGCAAAUCUAGUUCAAGAACUUCAAACCAUCGCUCACAAGGCAGGUCAUCCGGUACCUCUUUUGAUCGCUUUGGACCAAGAAAAUGGCGGUGUCAACAGUUUAUUCGAUAAUGACUACAUCUGUCAAUUUCCCAGUGCCAUGGGAGUGGCAGCAACAGGAAGCCUUGAACUUGCCUACGAGGUGGCUAAUGCUACUGGAAAGGAAUUGAUUGCUGUUGGAAUCAACAUGAUCAUGGGUCCCGUCCUCGAUGUAUUGACAAACGCAAGAUACCAACCUUUAGGAGUAAGAGCAACUGGUGACGAUCCGCAAGAGGUCUCGCAAUAUGGUAUUGCGGCAAUGAAUGGGUAUAAAGAUGCGGGUAUCACGACUUGUGGAAAACACUUUCCUUCUUAUGGGAAUUUAGACUUUUUAGGAUCAUCUCUUGAUAUGCCUAUCAUUACAGAGACAUUGGAACAGCUGAGUCUCGGAGCCCUUGUCCCCUUUAGAAAUGCUAUCAGAGAGGGGCUUGAUGCCAUGAUGGUUGGUGGCUGUGCAAUAGCCAAUGCCGGUAAGUGUUCAACAAAAAGAUGUGCUCGAUAAGCUGACAAGCUAUAGAUAUGAGUGUUAUGCACGCCUGUUUGAGUGAUCAAGUUGUAGAUGACCUUCUUCGAGGAGAUCUUGGUUUCAAUGGUGUCACGAUAUCCGAAUGUUUAGAAAUGGAUGCCUUGAACAAAGAUAUAGGAGUAAGAGGCGGAACUGUCAUGGCUGUCGAAGCUGGAUGUGACUUGGUUCUCUUGUGCCGAUCUUACCAGGUGCAAUUGGAGGCAAUAUCUGGUUUAAAGCUUGGUAUCGAGAACGGCAUGAUAUCAAGAGAUAGGAUCAAUCUUUCUCUGAAACGCAUCCUACAUCUAAAAUCGAAAUGCACCUCCUGGCCACAAGCUUUAAAUCCUACGGGGAUAGAUCAACUCAGUAUCUUACAUCCGACUCAUUUGGCACUGUCGACAAAAGCAUACGACAAAUCGAUUACCAUUAUGAGAGAUAAGGGUCAUAUCUUACCCCUUUCUAAUGCUUCGAGCCUAGGGGACGAUCUGCUUCUCUUAACGCCUCUCGUUAAACCUUUACCAGCCUCCGCAGCUACCAAGGUCGUCUCAGAGACCCAAGGCGCCACGACUGAACACGAUAAAGCUCAUCGUUCUUCAAUCAUGAGUGGCGAGGGUGUAUUCCGGGAACUCGGUCGAGCUCUGGCAAGACAGCGUCACGGAAAGUUGCUGCACACCUCAUACACUGCUAACGGCGUUCGUCCAGUACACGAGAAUUUGAUCAACAAAGCAGCUACUAUUAUUGUUGUGACAGCCGAUGCCAAUCGAAACCUGUACCAGAACAGCUUUACCAAGUAUGUAGCCAUGUUCUGUUCGUUGUUGACUGCGGGAGGAAAGAAGAAAUCCUUGAUUGUGGUUUCAGUCAGCUCCCCAUACGAUUUUGCCAUGGAUAAGGAUAUCGAUACCUAUGUUUGUACGUUUGAUUUUACCGAAACAGCCAUGUCGGCCCUUGUUCGAGCUCUAUUCGGAGAAUUCACACCAUCCGGAACUCUACCUGGUACGCUACGCAAAAGUAGAAAAGUGACGAAAUCCAGGCAACAAUGGUUGGUGGAGGGAUUCGAUAGGAAUCGGGACCAAGAAGGUCUUGAAGAAUUGAUCAAGACGGUUGAGAAGAAUUCUCCUGCAAAUCAAUUCUGCCCAUUAGCUGGCGCGACGGCUUCUUCGUUUGAGUUGGUAGGUGAUCAAUGGUCCAGUCACUUCUUUAAUUUCAAUUAACAAUUACUAGGUCUCGGUUGUAGGAACUGAUAUAGAGGUGGAGGAAGAGUUCCAUUAUGUAGUACGAAACAGUAGUACACAAGCUCUAUUUGGAUUUUGCUCUACCUACUUUUAUCAAGGUGUAGGCAUGAUAGGAGCUAUUUUUGUCGACCCAGCCAAACGGAAUCUCUUAAUUGGACACUCACUCCACAAACGUGCCAUGCGAGGUCUCCUCCAGAGACCUGGUAUAGAAAAGAUCCAACUCGGUCUCGGCCUUCCAGGUAUCUAUCUCGGCAUCCCAAUGAGCGAUCUCUCCGAAGGCGGACGACUCAAAUGCUGGUUCGCAAAUAACGGAUGGGACAUUCUAUCCCCCCGUCUUCUAUAUACCCUCACCAUCCGGAACCUCUCGCACUGGGAGAUCCCAGAAGGCCUCCUCCCAUCCAUCCAGCGCGUCUCCUUCUCCUUCGACCUCAUCCAUGGCCACGACAACUCCGACACAGUCCUCGACCACGUCCGCACCAACGCCGGUCCGGAAGUCCUCGCCCUCUACCAACUCGCCCUCGAGGACUCGGGCUGCGGGAUCGUCCGCGCGAAAUCUCCCGUCGACGGUGCCCUCGUGGGAACCAUCAUCAUCUGCCGUCCCGAAACGCAGCUCUCGCGCUACAUGCCGGUUCUCCAUUCUUCCACUGAGAGGGAGAGGGAGAGGAUUGGUGGGAUCCUCGCCCCGAUCAUCCCCUCGAGUCCUCAGGCGGAUAUUGUCUUGCAGGGCCUGGCGCUCUUGGGCAUUAAACAGAAUAAGGCGCAUGCGGCCGGGACGUGUGUGUUGAAUUGGGUGCAGGGGGAGCAGAGGGAUGUUCUUCUUCAGAUGGGGUUUGAUGUUUUGGAUGCGUGGGAGGAGUUGAGUUGUGUGCCUGGGAAGGUUGGUUGAUUUUUUCUUAGUUUCUUUCUUGUUUUCUUUUUGCUCUGCUCUUCUUACUUUGACUGUUUUAAUUUAUUUUGUUUUUUUUCGUGUGGUUGUGGAAGGG